AGGAGGCGGUGCCGCGCAGCCGGAAAGGGCCGCGUCACGUGGGCGCACCCGGAAGCGGCGGGCGAGCGGCGAUGAGCGGCGGGGCCGAGGAGGCGGCGGCGGCGGCCGGGACGGGGCCCGGGGCCGAGCGGCGGGUCCGCAUCGUGGUGGAGUAUUGCGAGCCCUGUGGCUUCGAGCCCACGUACCAGGAGCUGGCGAGCGCGGUGCGGGAGGAGUACCCCGACAUCGAGAUCGAGUCCCGCCUGGGGGGCACCGGUGCCUUUGAGAUUGAGAUCAACGGGCAGCUGGUUUUCUCCAAGCUGGAGAACGGAGGAUUUCCCUAUGAGAAGGACCUGAUUGAAGCGAUUCGCCGAGCGAGGAAUGGGGAACCGCUGGAGAAAAUCACCAACAGCCGCCCCCCCUGCGUCAUCCUGUAGCCCCCGCGCCUGGCUGGGACCUCCCGGCGCCCACCAGUGACCUCCGACUGGCCCCCCCAGCUUCACGCUGCCUUCGUUUGCUUCCUCCACAUCCAGGGGGGACCAGGGACAUUGGGGCGAUGUGACAACAUCAGGACCCUCCCCGGUAACUAGGGGCGAGCGCUGGGAUGGGCAGAGCUGCCGGUACUGGUGUCACUGGGCUGGGGGGGCCGUUCUGGCCAGUCCCUUUGGGUCAUGUCCCUGCCGUGCCUGACCCAUCGCUGUGGGGGGGCUCUCUGCCUUUGCCUCCCCCUCAGCAGUGGCGGGGGGGGGCUCUCCCCUCCCUCAGCCCCUGCGGAUUUGGGGGCCCCACCACCAAACUCUCUUUCCGGCCCUCGGGGGAGCCAGGCCAGGUGUGGUGGGGGGGACUUGGCAGCUCCAGCCCCUCCAGCAGAGGAAAAACCACUCACUCGCAACUUUUAGUGCGAUUCGUUAAUAAUUAAAGUCUCUCCUGUCACUGUUUAAACUGGUGCGAGGGCAGCGGGGACCGGCUGCCCCCCCCCGGGCAUGGGAACCCCGUCUCGGCUCCGUCCCCACGGUCAAGAGGUUUAUUUAACAGCCACGAUUUCCCCCCCCGCCCCGUCCUUGAGCUUCCCCCCCCAUAACGACUCUGCCCCUCACCGGGGGCAGCUGAGGGGCCCCCCCUAUUUAUUCUAUACUGUGUAUAAACCCGGUGAAUAAAGGACGGAGGAGAA